AUGGCGAAAGCUUCCCAUACAUUGCAAAAAGGUGCUGUCGUCCAGCACACCGCCAAAGCCCAUAACCUGAAAGGUCAACUGCCUGUAGGGAGCAUGGAAUCUUUGGCAACAACCAUUCGUUUCGUCACGCUGAACUGCCGAACACUAUCGAGAAACACGCAUGAGGGAUCGGCCCGUCAUCAGCACGAAAAUUACACCAUAUACUGCGGCGAUGCUGAUGAGAACAAAGUAGGUGGCUGCGCGAUAGCUGUGAGGAACGAUUACAAGAACCUGGUGGAGGAAUUUGGCUCAACGUCGUCUAGAUGCGCCUUUCUGCGACUGCGGGAUCGCAGAGGACGUAAACUCUGGAUCGUAAUUGCUCACGCACCUACGGAAACCGCUGAGGACAACAGUAAGGACGCUUUCUAUGAUGAACUCAAUGCGUUGAUGUCUAAAAUACCAAGCCAGCAGGUGGUCAUUGUCGGAAUCGACGCAAAUGCGAAGAUGGGACUCGAACAGCAAUCCGAUGUGCUAGGAAAAUGGUACUAUGCAGCGGAGCGCACGUCGGACAACGGUGACCGUCUCGUCGACUUGUGCGAACAGACGGGCUUCAUCAUCGCUUCCACGUUUAAGAGGAAUCAUCGACGCCAUCAGCUCACGUGGCAGGGGUCAACCCUUUUAACGCCUGAAGAGCAGCGCAAGCGGAAGAUGAGGACUCUUAAACUUCAGCUCGAUUACGUUCUGGAGAGGAACAUUCCUCAGUCAGAUAUCCGAAAAUCUAGAGCUGUUUGGGACGUCGCGGUCGACUCUGACCACCGUCCAGUUCUUCUCAGCUUCAAGAUACGGUUCCACAAGAGAAACCGAGGAGUUCCUCUUUAA